CAGUAAUGCAUCGUUUAGUUCGUUUGCAACCCGGCAGUGAAUCCACAGAAGAAAUAGGAUCAGUAACAACUACUUUCCAUUGCUUCUGUUGAAUCAUUUGGAAGAUUUAUUGAAAUAAAAUACCCCAAAUCUAUAAUUAAUGAACACUUAGAUAUUACUUUAAUAAAGACCAUUCCGUUGCUUUUUGGCAGCAAUUGUCAUGAAAAUGACAGAGGAAAACAACGCUGUUGAGCCAAAUGUUACCGAAGAGGAUGCUCGACUGCUAAUAAAAAGAAAGGAUGAUAUUGAAGAGCAAAUUAAAGCAUACUACGACAUGCUCCAAACCCAGGCCGGUGUAGGCAUGGAUGCUCCUCUGGUUGAUGUGGAAGGCUUUCCUCGUGCAGAUGUGGAUUUGUACAAGGUCCGAACAGCAAGGCACAAUAUCUCCUGUUUACAGAAUGAUCAUAAGGCUAUCAUGGUGGAUAUCGAGGAGGCACUUCAUAAUCUGCAUGCAACAGCAAGGGUCAAACAUGAGAAAGAUGAGACAGAAAUGGAAGUCACUGAGCCGACCGUGUCUCUGCCAGCCCCAUUCGCACUGGUAGAUGCCGUAACACAGGGCUCCCCUGCUUUUCAGGCCGGUUUGCGAGUCGGUGAUGAGAUUAUAGAGUUUGGGUCCAUAAAUACACAAAACUUCAGGAAUCUGCGUGACGUCGCUUCUGUUGUCCAACACAGUGAAGGGAAAUCCAUACGUGUUGGAGUAAUUCGAAGUGGACAAGAAGAACAUCUUAAUUUGACUCCGAAGCAAUGGUCUGGUAGAGGACUACUGGGGUGCAACUUAGUGCCUCUCCACAGAUGACCAGUGAAAGGGCAAGGGUCUUUUGCACUAAAUAAAUUUGCAAUGGGUUAACUUUAAUUUUGCUUUUGCAUUCAUUGUAAAAUUGAGUUAAGUAAAUAAAUGACCAAGGAGAGAUGGCAGACCAUUUAGUAUCAGACUUUCGUAAUCUUUCAGAAAGGAUGAGCAGAGAAUUUAUUAGCAAGGUUUUUACUUACCUUCUUCUCCUUUUAAAUUUCUUGCAUCCAUAUGCAAAAGUUCUCAACAUUUCUAUGUUAAAACAGCUGAAUGGUAAGAGCGGAGUCAUUCUGAAGUGAGUGGGCUCUGAAAGGUUGCAUAAGCUGCAUACACUUUAUGUUACAGUUUUAUUAGAAGAACACCAGGGUGAGUAAAUAAUGUUUGAAUUUUCAUUUUUUGGGUGAACUAUCCUUUUAAUAUGAGUGAUAAACAUAGU